AUGAGCUGGGACGACGUCGAGGUGCUCCAUGAUGUCAUCGCCGCCUACGCCGGGCCGCUCACGCAGCUCCUGCAUGGUUACCUUCCGGCUACCUUGUCUGAUGACACUGCGCUCGCCGUGUGGCAGGAUGUCUUUCGGUGCGACUGGGACGGCGACUUUGCGACUCUGCCACGUCUCCCGCCGCACAGAGGUCUUUGCCAAUCGCUUCGCCUCAUCACGUCGCGCCGCAUGUACGAGCGCAUCAAGUGCCGCACCGACUACAAUGACGUAGCGUACCGGGUCGACUAUGCCGACGGCCACGAUGCGAGCGUGGUGCGCGUGCUCGACAUUGACCACGUCCCGAUGCAGCACAUGUGGCUCGACGAGCUUACCACGCUACUGGCGCAUCCCAUGGCACUUGCGCACGCGGCGAUUGCUGGCGGUCACGUCGCGCUCCUUCGCCACCUCCAAUCCAGUGCAGACGUCGUCGAUCUAAGCCAGAUCCAGCACCUGCAUGGCUGCGACGGCCUUGCAAUGGACGUCGCCGCGUACUACGGUCACGUGAACGUUCUCAAGCUGCUCCACGAUGCCGGUUCGAUGGCGUGCUCGACGGACGCCAUGGACCACGCCGCGUAUGCUGGCGACCUGCGCUUGGUGCAGUGGCUCGGUGACCACCGGUCCGAGGGUUGCACCUCCAACGCACUGCUCCUGGCGCUCGCAAACGGCCACGUCAACGUCGCCGACCACUUACGGCGGGUGUACGGAGACGAAUUCUCGUUUCAGGCGUACGAUAUCGAAGCUGCCGUGCUGCGAGGCCACGUGGGCGUGCUCGCGUACCUCGUCACGCACUUUGAAAACGCCAUCGAGAUCUCCGAGACGGCGCUCACGUAUGCUGCUGCGUACGGUCGCCUCGACAUGCUCACGCUGCUCUUGUCAAGCCCGGCGGCGGGCAGCGUGCCCUCGUCGGCACUGAUUGGCGCGGCCGCCCACGGGCACUUGGAC